GAUGUCACGCUUCAAGAGUGUUUCAUUUACAACAUGUUUUUGAUGAAGUGUGGUUUACCGUCAAAGAUUAUUCGGAAAUUCCUUCACAUAGCUGAUCUUCACGUUGAUCCAUAUUACCUUGAAUUAAGCGAUCCAACAUCGUUUUGUCAUCAUUAUUCACCGAAUUCAAUACUAAACAUUGCCGGAAAUAUAGACUUAAUCGUAUAUACCGGUGAUUCCGUUAGGCAUGAUAAAGAUAAAUCAUUUAAGCGAACCGAAGAACAGGUUUUGGAUGGUCAUGGAAGA